AUACCAGGAAAGACUCAGUUACAUAAGAGAGGCAGCAGAUAGAUGCUGCAAGUGUCGAUAAACUUGCUGUCAACUCAAAAAAAAAGCAGCGAGCGCACGGACUUUUACGCACGGCUGGAUAUAUCAUUUCAUGCGCCCUGUGAACAUUUCACAACUUCCUCGGUGAGCUGCUGAGACGCAACAAGGCGAGAUGUUCCCACUGCCGAUGUUCACACCGGACCAGGUCGCUCGGGUGUGCGAGAACUUGGAGGAGACCGGGGACAUCGAGCGCCUCGGCCGGUUCCUCUGGUCCCUGCCCGCCGCUGUCCCUGGCUCCGCCGGGGAAGCACUGAACCGACACGAGUCCGUGAUGCGGGCGAGAGCGCUGGUCGCCUUCCACGGGGGAAAUUUUGAGGCUCUUUACCAAAUCCUCCAGAGCCACCGGUUUACGCGCGAGUCGCACGCCAAACUCCAAGACCUGUGGCUGGACGCGCACUAUCGAGAGGCAGAGAGGCUCCGUGGGCGGCCGCUGGGCCCGGUGGAGAAAUACCGAAUCCGCAAGAAGUUCCCUCUGCCCCGCACCAUCUGGGACGGCGAGCAGAAGACGCACUGCUUUAAGGAAAGAACUCGCAGUUUGCUGAGAGAGUGGUACCUCCAAGAUCCCUACCCCAACCCGUCCAGGAAACGGCAUUUGGCCCAGGCCACUGGACUCACGCCCACACAGGUCGGCAACUGGUUCAAGAAUCGCCGCCAAAGAGACCGUGCUGCAUCCGCAAAGAACAGACUGCAGCAGGAUCCUUCCCUCCUGCCCCCUGAAAGCUCCCCUGACGGGUCCCUUCAGGAGCGCCACCAUCACCCCCACUUGCUGCCUAACUCCCCUCGCCACCUAGGCAGCCCAGAGGCCAGCGACUGUAGCACAGAGACCGAGCGCAGGGGAACAGGAGCCUCCACUCCAGAGAUCUCCGUCAGCAGUGACAGCGAGUUCGAGUCUUGAGACGGUGGACUCUUUUCAUGGACAGAGAUGAGAGCAGUGUCUGUCGUCAGGCUCAUAGACAUAUGUUACAGACACUUGACCUUUCUGUGGCUGUGGACACACAGGAGCUGUUCUCAGCGGGAGGAGGGCGAGCACUAGGAGCCCACUUGAUGUGGC